CGCUCUCUCUCAGCUUGUGCGCAUUGUUGUUGCCAGAGCACGCUGGUUCUCACACCCUGACGCACAACAUAAAUACUUACAGGGGGGACUCGACUUGAUCUACAAAGACUUUCUCACUGUUAUUUCUUUCUUAUUGGCCCAUCUUCUCGGCCAUGGCCGCCUGUUACCAGACCUAAGGAGAGAAAGAGAGCCCAGAGGGGAGAGAGAGAGAGAGAGAGAGAGAGAGAGAGAGAGAGAGAGAGAGAGAGAGAGAGAGGGAGAGAGACCUGUGCUGAUGACAGAAGCUGCAGCCUUCCCUCUGUUGCUGCUACAGUACGUGUGAAAGAGGGAGAGGCAGCAGUAACUCGCUCUGAGCUUCGCAUUGCAGAGCGAGAGACGUUCAGUCCUGUGGUUUGUGUCCGGCGUGAAACGCUCGGUCCCCCGAGAACCUCCACCUCCACCUCCACCUCCGCCCCCGCCUCGCACCACCAGGACUCCGGCAGCAUCCGCAGAGAAUAGGAAUCCCUGUGCCCACGGAAGCGGUCCGUUUAGAGGAGAAUGUUGUGACAGCCAUGUCUCUGGAGAUGGAGAAGACCAUCACCAAGCUGAUGUACGACUUCCAGAGGAACUCCACCUCCGAUGAUGACUCUGGAUGUGCACUGGAGGAGUACGCCUGGGUCCCCCCCGGCCUUAGUCCCGAGCAGGUGCAUCAGUAUUAUAACUCCUUGCCAGAGGAGAAGGUCCCUUAUAUAAACAGCCCUGGAGAGAAGUACCGCAUCAAACAACUUCUCCACCAGCUGCCGCCACAUGACAAUGAGGUGCGUUACUGCAACGGGUUGGACGAGGAGGAGAAACGAGAGCUCAAGCUCUUCAGCAACCAACGGAAGAAGGACAACCUGGGCCGGGGAAACAUCCGUCCUUUCCCCCCCACCAUGAACGGGGCCAUCUGCGACAAGUGCGGCGGUCAAAUAAACGGAGGGGACAUGGUGGUUUUCGCCGCGAGGGCGGGCCACGGUAAAUGCUGGCACCCUCACUGCUUCGUAUGCAGCAUGUGUGAGGAGCUUCUGGUGGAUCUCAUCUACUUCUACCAGGACGGCAAGAUCCUCUGUGGCCGGCACCACGCCGAGAGGAUGAAGCCCCGCUGCUGCGCCUGCGAUGAGAUAAUCUUUGCUGAUGAAUGCACCGAGGCGGAAGGCAGGCACUGGCACAUGAGGCACUUCUGCUGCUACGAGUGCGAGACCGCCCUCGGCGGCCAGCGCUACAUCAUGAAGGACGGGCGGCCCCACUGCUGCAACUGCUUCGAGUCCCUUUAUGCCGAGUACUGCGACGCGUGUGGAGAGCACAUAGGCAUCGACCAAGGCCAGAUGACGUAUGACGGGCAGCACUGGCACGCCACCGAGGAGUGUUUCUGCUGCGCUCGGUGCAAGCGCUCCCUGCUGGGGCGCCCCUUCCUGCCCAAACAGGGGCAGAUCUUCUGCUCACGGUCCUGCAGCGCUGGACAGGAUCCGGACGAGUCAGACUCCUCAGACUCCGCCUUCCAAAGCGCCCGUUCCCGCGAAUCCCGCCACAGCACCAAGAUCGGCAAAAAGGAGCGCAGGAACGCCGAGGCCCGGCAGGCUGCUCCUCCGCCCAUGCCCGACCGCCUGUCGGCGGAGAUCGAUCCGCUCUCCGUCCAGAUGGACCGUCUGAGCCUCUCGUCCAGCCAGACCCCGAGCAGGACGCCCAACCGCACGCCCAGUCGCACGCCGAGCCACGCCCCGAGCCUCAACCAGGUGUGGAUGAGCCGGGACGACCCCUACGUGCCCGCAGCCUACGAGGGCCCCCAGCGGGAGCCCUCCCCCACACCUGCGCCUGUGCAUCUGCUGGCCCAGUGUAACCCCAGGCAGGGCUACAACCCCAACGCAAACGCCCAUCCUCCAGCUCAGACCGCCGCCAAUCCGGGGAAGAGGCCCGACUCGUGGGGGAAGGAGCCGGGCAACGCCAAGAGGACCCCCAUGGCGGCUUUGAGGGGCCACUCCUUUAAUGAGAACUGGACCCACCACAGCCAGGACGAGUUCAGGCCCAACAAGCUGCGCACCCAGAUGAGCUUCAACGAGAUGUCGAGCCAGAACCAGGGCUUCUCAGACAAGAGGAGCAUCAGCCUGCACGGCUUCCAGAGAGACGGCAGACCCCCGCUGACCCGCAGGAACCCCAUCAAUGCCAUGAGCUUCAACGAGCCCCUCGCCCCUCUGGAGCAGACUCCUCGAGGAUCCACAGAUUCCCUCAUCAUGUCCAACGCCACAGGUAACUCCCUGGACGGGGUCAGUAAGCGUCAGGAGCAUCUGUCCAGGUUCUCCAUGCCCGACCUGAGUAAAGACUCUGGUGUGAAUGUGUCUGAAAAGAGCAACAUGGGCACCCUGAGCUCCUCGGUCCAGUUCCACAGCACCGAGUCGCUGACCUCCUCUCGCCCCUAUAACAACAACGCGUACGCUCCGCUGAGAGUCGGCUACCCGCUGCAGUACUGGGACGGCCCGCAGCCGCUAGGCUUCGACGACAAAGGCCGCGUCGGUGUGAUAGGCAGCAGUGGAAACUUGCGGAUGGCCCCCAUGAGCGACAGGAUGCCACGCCGACGCAUCAACGGGCAGGAACCCGCGGCGUCGCAGCAGCAGCAGCAGCAGCAGCCGCAGCCGCAGCCGAGGCGCCACAAACACCACCGUGGAAACCACGGCAACGGGCAGCACCGCAGCAGCCGCCACCACAAGCGCUCCCGCCGCUCCCGCUCCGACAACGCCUUGCACCUGGUGGCGGACCGGCCCGCCCAGAUGCUGGAGGCGCCGUACCGCCGCGUCCAGGAGGAUUACGACCGCUUCCCCGCCGGGAACGGCGCCCGCGAGUUGUUUGGCCUGGAGCCCGCCGGGUACAGGCAGCAGCCUCAGCGGCCAUGCCCCCGCACCACCUCCGACCUCACCCUGCAGAACGCUGGCUGGCCCCCCGCGGGGCUCGGCGGGCCGUGCUGGGGCGACGGGUACACGGAGGCUGCCGACCCCUGGUGCUCCAGCUGCUCCUCUUCCUCCGAGUCAGAGGCAGACGAGGGCUACUUCCUGGGCGAACCGAUCCCGCGGCCCGUGCAGCUCUGCUACAUCAACAACGAGGAGCUCCGCCAUCGCUACAGCCCCUCCGGGAUAGCCGCCCACCACGGACCUCUGCACGGGCCGAUGCACGGACAGAUGCACGGACAGAUGCACGGACAGAUGCACGGACAGAUGCACGGACAGAUUCACGGCCAGCUGCACGGCCGCCAAAGGAGGAAGAGCAAAAACUGCAUCAUUUCUUAGAGGUGGAGCAGGAGGGAUUAGGGGGGGUGAAAGAGAUGAGAGAGAGGUAAGGAACAAAGAGGUGGAACAGAGGGAGUGGGAAGGUGAGAGUGAGACAGUUUAGAGUGCAUAGUGUGUGUGUGUGUGUGUGUGUGUGUGUGUGUGUGUGUGUGUGUGUGUGUGUGUGUGUGUGUGUG